UAGCAAACUGGAGACAAUGAAGCUGAAAAAUUGUGAGCUGAUAGAGAAAAGCUGUUCAGUUCUAGCUACUGUUCUCUCCUCCAAAACCAUCCUGAAAGAGAUGAACCUGAACAACAGUCGUCUGCUGGACUCAGGAGUCAAAGAGAUCUGUGAGGGACUGAAGAAUCCUCUGUGUGAGCUGAAGAUACUCAAACUUUCAGACUGCAGUAUCACAGAAGAAGGUUAUAAAGCUCUGGCUUCAGCUCUGAGAUCAAACCCUUCACACCUGAUAGAGCUGGAUCUCACAGGAAAUGAUCCUGGACAAUCAGGAGUGAAGCAGCUCAGUGAUUUACUACAGGUUAAAAACUGUAAACUAAAACUGAGGAUUUUGACUCCUGCUGCAGAUGAAGCCUGUCAUAUGUGAAUAGAAUUAUGGGUAGUAAUCCCUUACUUCUGAGAGAGCUGAAUCUGAGUGGACAUAAACUUGACACAAAAUUUGUGAAUUAUCUUGCUGCUCUACUGGAGGACAAACACUGUCAAUUCAACAAACUUCAGUGAGUAUUUCACAUAAAUUUCAAAUUUAUACUUUGUUUUGGAAGUAUUAGGCCCUCUUUAUAUUAAGUGUCAUCAGCCACUAUGUACUAACAUUUAAACUGAUAAAGUUCUCUUGGCCACCUGCUCACAACUGCUGUUUUUUAACUUAUUUAGAUUUAGAACUGUCUCUUUACAGCCACAUCAACAGAUGUUUUUAUGCGUGCACUUCAACUUUGCCUCAGCGCCAGACACAAGUCAAAAGACUGCCAGAAAGGUAUAGGUCAGGGUUCCUCAAUUAGUUUUCACCGAGGGCCGAAUUCUGCCAACAAUACCAAUUCAAGGGCCACUGAGCUAUAUAUAUAUUUUUAUACUUAGAUUUUUUGGGGGGAUCAAACUGUAACACCGUGUGUCUCAACCAGACGUGAUGCGACACGAUAAAAAGCAUCUUUUCCAUUUAGUUUUUGGCACUGCGAACCAACAUCCAUAACAAAGAUGGCAUCAGUCAGUCACUCACUCACUCACUCACUCAAAACUGUUCAGUCCAUUCACAUUUGAAUCAUCUAUUUUCAAUGUCCACUUUUAUUUACUUCUCACUGGCCAUGUUUUUGCUGUUACAUCAUAUCUACACUGGACGUGACAAAACAUUGCAAAUCAUUUGAACUUUGUGUCAGUACAUCAUAAAGAGAACGAGUCAUCAGCUUUCUGUGAGUUUUGUCGCGCCACGCUGC